AUGGAUUCACGGCAUCAUCUGUCUUGGUUUCUGUUCUUUAACACUCUUCUUGUGAUUUCUGGCUUGCCAACUCCAGACAACUUCGACAUAGAUGGUGGAAUUGACCGGGAUAUAUUUGAUAUCAAUGAAGAUUUGGGACUAGAUCUUUUUGAGGGAGAUAUCAGACUUGAUGGGGUACAAGUGAGAAAUUCCAUCAUUGGAGAAAAUUAUAGAUGGCCUCAUACCAUUCCUUAUGUUCUAGAAGAUAGCUUGGAAAUAAAUGCUAAGGGAGUCAUCCUCAAUGCAUUUGAACGCUAUCGCCUAAAAACAUGUAUUGACUUCAAGCCUUGGACUGGAGAAGCUAACUAUAUAUCAGUGAUCAAGGGCAGUGGCUGCUGGUCUUCAGUAGGAAAUAGGCAUGUUGGGAGGCAAGAACUUUCCAUCGGAGCGAACUGUGACCGAAUAGCAACAGUUCAGCACGAGUUCCUCCAUGCGCUGGGAUUCUGGCACGAGCAGUCACGUUCUGAUCGCGAUGACUACGUCAGCAUAGUGUGGGACAGAAUUCAGUCAGGCAGAGAGCACAAUUUUAACACCUAUAGUGACCAACUAUCAGAUUCCCUGAAUGUUCCCUAUGAUUACACUUCCGUAAUGCACUACAGUAAAACAGCGUUCCAGAAUGGGACAGAGCCCACCAUUGUGACGAGAAUCUCAGAUUUUGAGGAUGUGAUCGGCCAACGAAUGGAUUUCAGUGACUAUGAUCUCUUAAAGUUGAACCGGCUGUAUAACUGCUCCUCUUCGUUGAGUUUUAUGGACUCGUGCAAUUUUGAACUGGAAAAUGUGUGUGGUAUGAUCCAAAGUUCAGGAGAUAGUGCUGACUGGCAACGGGUUUCACAGAUUCCCAGCGGGCCAGACAGCGAUCACUCCAACAUGGGCCAGUGUGAAGGUUCUGGCUUCUUCAUGCAUUUCAACAGUAGCUCUGUGAAUGUGGGGGCCACAGCAGUGCUGGAAAGUAGAGUGCUGUACCCUAAAAGAGGGUUCCAGUGCUUGCAGUUUUAUGUAUACAACAGUGGAAGUGAAAGUGACCAACUGAACAUCUACAUCAGGGAGUAUUCUGCAGACAGUGUGAAUAGUAGUUUAACUUUGGUGGAAGAGAUAAAAGGAAUACCCAGUGGGAACUGGCAACUUUACUAUGUUACACUGAAAGUGACCAACAAGUUUAGAGUUGUGUUUGAAGGACGCAGAGGCUCUGGUGCAUCGUUGGGUGGUCUGUCCAUUGAUGACAUCAAUCUUUCGGAAACACAGUGCCCUCAUCAUGUCUGGCAUAUAAGGAAUUUCACACAGUUCAUUGAGAGCCCAAAUGCAACUCUGUAUAGCCCUCCAUUUUAUUCUUCUAAAGGUUAUGCCUUUCAGAUUCACUUGGAUCUAAGCCAGUUGACUAAUGUGGGCAUAUAUUUCCACUUGAUCUCUGGAGCCAAUGAUGAUCAAUUACAGUGGCCGUGUCCUUGGCAACAAGCCACAAUGACACUCUUGGAUCAAAAUCCUGACAUUCGACAGCGUAUGUCCAACCAGCGGAGUAUAACCACAGACCCAUUCAUGACCACCGAUAAUGGAAACUAUUUUUGGGACAGGCCUUCCAAAGUAGGAGAAGUGGCUCUUUUCCCUAAUGGAACCGAGUUUAGAAGAAAUAGAGGCUAUGGAACCAGUGCCUUUAUAACCCACGAAAGGCUGAAAAGCAGAGAUUUUAUAAAAGGAAAUGAUGUUUUUAUUCUCCUGACAGUGGAAGACAUAUCACACCUCAAUUCUACACAAGUCCAGCCAAUGCCAACAACUCCUAGACCACCAAUGCCACCAACUCCUAGCCACGUCGAAGACCUCUGCUCACAAAUCCGCUGUGAGAAUGAUGGCAUCUGUGCUGUUCGAGAUGACAAAGCUGAAUGCAGGUGCCAGGCAGGGGAAGACUGGUGGUACAUGGGAGAAAGGUGUGAAAAGAGGGGCUCCACCCGUGACACCAUCGUCAUUGCCGCUUCUUCCACUGCUGCUGUGUUCGCUGCGAUGCUGAUUGUCACCCUUGUUAGUGUCUAUUGUACCAAGAAGAAAUAUCGUAAAAGGACAAGUUCAAAAACAGAAGCUGUGACUCUGGAAAACCGCGAUGCUCUUUGA